AUGCAAGACUGUAACCCUCUAUCUACUCUAGUUGACACUGCAGACAAACUUGGUGCUCAUGCAGGUGUUCCCUUUGAUGAUCCUACAUUGUAUCGUAGUUUGGCCGGUGCUCUUCAGCCUCUAACAUUUACUCGCCCGGAUAUCUCGUAUGUCGUUCAGCAGGUGUGCAUGCACAUGCAUGCUCCUCAUAAUGAUCACUUUAUUGCAUUAAAACGCAUCUUGCGUUAUGUCAAGGGGACUCUUGAUAUGGGUAUAUGGAUGCGGUCAUCUUCUUUGUCUACACUUAUUGCUUACACUGAUGCUGACUUGGCUGGUUGCCCUGACACUAGGCGUUCUACAUCCGGGUAUUGCUUUUCAUGUGGCGCCAUCGCGGGAAUCUUCCUCCUCUUGCUUGUAAAACUUUGUCAAAAAAAAAGAUUAUGGGAAACUAGAGAGUACGCAAAUCAUGAAGUAGAAAUCUUCAUAAAGAAUUAUAGAACUCUGGCACUAAAAAGAUUCAACUAUUCGGAAAUUAAGAGAAUCACAAACUCAUUCGUUGAGAUUCUUGGAAAAGGAGCGUUUGGGAGUGUGUACAAAGGACAAUUACCAGAUGGGCAACUAGUUGCAGUGAAGCUUUUAGCUGAAACUCAGGGAGAUGGAGAAGAUUUUAUUAACGAAGUUGCUAGCAUUGGUAGAACUUCUCAUGUCAACAUAGUCACACUCUUAGGAUUCUGCAUCGAGGGAAAGAAGAGAGCCCUGAUGUACGAGUUCAUGCCAAACGGUUCAUUGGAUAAGUUUCUAUGUCGCGACAGCUCUCAUUUGGACUGCAACACCUUAUUCCAAAUUGCAAAAGGGAUUGCACGGGGUCUGGAGUACCUGCACAGAGGUUGUAACACAAGAAUCGUGCACUUUGACAUAAAGCCUCACAACAUUCUGUUGGAUGAAGAAUUCAUCCCAAAAAUAUCUGAUUUCGGACUAGCUAAGUUGUGCAAGACAAAAGAGAGUAUUGUGUCUGUAAUGGGUGCAAGAGGUACUGCAGGAUACAUGGCCCCUGAAGUAUUUUUCAAGUACCUUGGAGGGGCAUCUCACAAAUCUGAUGUGUAUAGUUUUGGGAUGAUGGUUCUUGAAAUGACAGGUGCCCGUAAAAACAAUAAAGUUAGUGCAACUAGCACAAGUAGUGAAGCAUAUUUUCCUGAUUGGGUAUACAUGCAGAUAGAAAGUGGAAGCAAUCUAGGGGAUAAUGGCAGGGUGACAACUGAAUAUGAAGAGGAAUUAGUGAAGAAAUUGAUGAUAGUGGGUCUGUGGUGCAUUCAGUCUGAUCCAUCAGAUCGACCACCCAUAAGUAAAGUAGUCGAGAUGUUGGAAGGAAGCAUUGAAUUAUUGCAGGUUCCGCCUAGACGUUUUUGGUCAUCUCCAUCAAGACCUGCCCAACACACUUCCCCAUCAGCCACACAAAGUUCAAGUGGUGAAAUACUAUCAAGAGAAUAGUGAAUGAUUUUUCUACACCCUUGGGUCCAAAAGCCAAGUAGCUCACCUUUUUCAAGUUUCUACGGACGUCAGAUUCUGUUGAACAAACUAACUUGGAAGAGAUGAGUUUUAUUGAAUAUUGUACUAUGUAUAUAUACCUAGUACAAACUCAACGGAAACAAAACCUAAGAACACAUAUCAAGGACACAAGAAUCACACUGAGGGAAACUUUUUACAAAUAGUAAGUACAUGCCAUAUAUAGACAUUGUUCCACAAUAUCAUUAUUCUCCCAAAUCUGCAUACUGGACUUCCAAAGACACCUUGAAAUAUAUUA